AUGAACUUCAAACGAGCUUCCCGACUCAUCUUCAUCACCGUGUUCCUUUUAAUCAUCACAACAACAUCAGCUGAUGGAGUAAAAAAUUCAACAACUGAAACAGUUUCAACAGACGCGACAACAACAACAACAACACAAAAGCCGAGCACGAGUCAACCAAACCUGUUCACAUCGACACUCGAAAGUAUUAGGAAAUUUUUCUUCAACUUCAUUCCAGACCCAUCACCGCCCAAGCCAACCACACCAAAGCCUCAAAUUCCAGCACUCUCAAGAACAUACAGCAACCUGAGGAUCAUCAUCGAUAACCAAACUCAAACAGAUCCAAUAAGACAUGAAGAGUCAGUAAAAGUGAAGAGACUCGAGGAUGAGCUGACGUGUCCAACAGAAAGGGAAGCUAAAUUUGAGCUGUUUCCAUUGACUUGCAAUAAGAAUCAUGACUGUGCGCAGACACUGGGAAGUAACUUCAGAUGCUGUAAGCUGUUUGGUGGUCAAAGGUGUCAUGAGGGUCUUGAGAUUCCACUUGAGGACAUUGAGCAUGAACCCUUAUUCGGCAUCCCAAGAAAGUGUCCAAAAGAACCACUAGCUGAAAGCUUUUGGGACGUCAAAAAAUGCCUCAAAGACACCGACUGUGACUUUCCAAGAAUCUGUUGCCCAAGCGGACGUAAACGCUUCUGCAUGAACUCAUAUACAGCACCAGAAGAGCUUCCAGUUGGACGUCAAAUUGCAUAUCCUGUAGAAUCAAUCAGCCAGUACUUCCAAUGCAGUCCAGCACCACCACCAGCCUUCGAUAAACAUCCAAAAGAGUGCAAUUCAAGCAUUUCAUGCUUCCCAAACAUUUGCUGUCUUGAGGGUGGCAAGAAGUACUGUCGACCACCAAAGAGAAACAUUUUGGCUGCACUGACUUCCUUUGGACAGAGAUUUAAUGUUGGAAUUAUUAAGGAUUGGACAUCGAAUCUUGUUAUUCCUUAG